CAUAAUUCCUUUCCAAUUCCAUCAACUAACCCAAUUGCCAACCCCCCAGAUCACAACACCAACAUGACCACCCCCGUCGCAUCCAGACUAACCCGCGCCUCCCUCCGCACCGCCCUCCUCUCCCCGCGCCGCACCCUCACCACCCGCACAACAAGCUACACACUCAACACCGGGGCCAAAAUCCCCGCCCUCGGCAUGGGCACCUUCCAAGACCCCGACUCGCAAGAAUCCACCGUCGCUCUAGGCCUCAAAAAAGGCAUCCGGCUGAUCGACACGGCGCGCGUCUACAACGUCGAACGCCAAGUCGGCCUAGGGAUCAAGAAAAGCGGGAUACCCCGGGAAGACAUCUUCCUGGGCACGAAACUCUGGUGUAAUAAUUACCAUCCGGAUGACGUGGAGGGGGCAGUGGAUGAGUCCCUGGCGGACUUGGGGACGGGGUAUGUGGAUUUACUGCUCAUGCAUUAUCCGUGUACGUUUAAGCGCGGGGAGGAGCGGUUUCCGAGGGAUGAGGAGGGGAGGAUGGUUCAUGGGGAGACGGAUUUUGUGGAUACGUGGAGGGCGAUGGAGAGGGUGGUGGGGACGGGGAAGGUGAGGGCCAUUGGGGUGUCGAAUUUUAGUAAGGGGGAGGUGGAGAGGUUGAUUAGGGAGAGUGGGACGGUUCCCGCGGUGCAUCAAAUGGAGGUGCAUCCUUAUCUCCAGCAAAAGGGGUUUAGUGAGUGGUUGAAGGAGAAAGGCAUCCAUGUUAUUCAGUUCAGUCCGCUGGGCAACAUGAAUGACUUUUACCGCCAGACUGGAUGGUCGAAGAAAAUCGCCCAUAUGAUGCGGGUGAUUGAUCAGCCGAUUUUGAAGGAGAUUGGGGAGAAGUACGGCAAGAGUCCGGUGCAGGUGGUGCUGGCAUGGGGCAUCAAUAGUGGUCGUUCGGUCAUCCCAAAGAGUGUGAUCGAAUGGCAGAUUGAGGAGAAUUUGGCGGCAGAUUUCGAGUUGCAGCCGGAAGAUAUGGCGCGGAUUGCGACGCUGGAUGCAAAGGCACGGUUUAACGAUCCCAGCUUGGAUUAUGAGUGGCGGUUGUAUAGUGAUUUGGAGGGGAUUGAUGGUACGGUGAGGGGGAGGACGCACUAG